GCGUAGUAACGGCUGCAUCCAACAAUUUAAUGAAAAAAGUAAUGUAAGUAAUGUUUGGAAAUACAAUUGCUUCUCAAAUAAUGUGAUUAUCAUUUCAUAACACUCAGAAGUGAAAAUAAAACACAAACUGUUGAAGAAACUGAAAUAUUUCAUGAAUUCAAAAGAACAUCCUCGAUACUUUUCUUGUGUUGGUAGGAUAUGGAACUUUUCACAACUUCAACAUACUCCUCACAGGUCGGUUCCUUCAAGAUAAGGUUAUGACAUCAGUUUCUUGCGUGUAACUGCUCUUGAAUUGUGAUCUCCUUCCAUCCUUCGCACAUAGUUUCCUUCAUUAUGUAUACGACCAUUACUACAUACUAUCUGGAGUUGUAUUUUUCUAAAGCGCCAUGAGCUAUGAGCAACUGGCUGUUGCCGUAAGCUCAAAUACUGAAUGAAUGUCAUUUUUUGUUUACAAAAUAGUUUCUUACUCGUUGGAUAUUUUUGCCUUGCACAAUGUGAACGAUUUGAAAUUAUGAUUCAUUUCCAGUUGACUUUCAUAAAGGUGAAUAGUUUGAGUUCUCCACUACAACUUUUAUUAUUAAUUCUGAUUGUAGACGAUAAAAACUCUUAUUCACCUUUACAGGGAAGAUUUAUAAUUUAAUCCAUUCAUGUAAUAGUAAUACGGAAAGUUUAUCUGAAGCCGAGGGUUUCUGUCAAAAUAAAAGUGAAUCGAUAAAAACACCAUCUUUAUCUAAAGCUCAAGCUGCACUUCAAGAUAACCAAAUAAAACUCUCAGAGCAAAGAUAUGUAUAACGGUGGUACCUUAUUUCUUCCAUUCUAAUUUGCAGCUUCGAAUUUCUUGUCGGUUAAGAAUCAAAAUGGACAAAAAACGUUCACCUUUUAUAUAGCAACUUUUCAGAUGAAAAAUAUCAUCUUUAGGAUGAUGUGAAUGAUGAUGAAUAAAAAAAUAUAUAAUAGUGUAAUGCUGUUUCAAAACAAAGUAAUUUCACUAUAUCCGUCAUCAAUUGUCACUCGUCAUGUAAAUAUAACUCAGAUUUAAGAAUAAUGACACCGGUAGAGUCUAAUUUAAUAGUUAAUACUAAUCAUCUUGUUGUCUUUUAACUGAAUAAUGGGCUUCAACAGAAGCAUGAUUCGCGGGAGUGGACAAACUAGCCCAGUAAAAAUUAUCUAUAUCAUUUUGUAAAACUGCAAUUGAAAAUUCAUUAUUGAUAUUGUUUACUUGGUGAAUUCAAUUCGUUUUAGUUUUAUGGGGAUAAUAUAAACCCUACUAAAUUUUUUCUACUUGAUUUCUGAAAGGAUGUCAGGACGAUAUAAAGGCUAGUUUCUCUGCCAGAUAUGAUAGAGUUGAAUUUUCCAUGACGAAAUUGUACAUUAAAUGAAUUAACAAGCAAGCUUAUUGAAGAAAAGAAUAAUGGAGGAAAAAUGAAGAGUUGAUAUAGAUCCGGAAAUUCAGGGUGUUGAACUUUUCAAAAAAACUCCUUUUCAUUGCAAAUAUCCCUUUACCCGAUUAUAGCCUCAAUAAGAUACAAGUGGCGGCUCGAGACACAGUUUAGUCAACAUCAUUGACCAUGAUUUAUACAUUAACCAAAAUGUUGUUUUUUAUAUUUUUUUUUGUUACAAAAAUUAAAUAUUUUUAUUUUUCAACUAAUGCAAUAUAUUUGAAAUAUGUCACAAUUUCAACUUAAUAUACUAUAGUUCCAAAAUAGUAGGCACCAGAUUCUGAAACACAACUGAGGUUUUUGCCUUAAUAUGUUUCUUACAGUGGCCUACGAAAAUUAUACUAAAAUCACACAAUUAUACAAAAUAACAACCUUGUCAACAAUGUUUUCGUUUUAAUGCAACAAUAUUUCUGAAAAUUUAGUGCCAACUUUUAUGGAAUUGUACUAUAACACAAUAAUACAUAUAACUAAUACGGAACACGUCGAUCAUCCUAGCUAUGAAUGGUAAAUUGGAGCAAUUUACAGAAUUCUUAUAAAUUAAAUCUAAUUUCGGUUCCUCGAAUGAACAUUAACAAAGGACAAUUUGACUACAGAUUCAGUCGCAGUGUGAGUUUGUCUGAAUGUACAAGAAAAUUGCAGGGUGGUUUUGUGAACUGUGAUAUGAUACAAGGUUGAGUGAAGUUUUUGCAAAAACUGCAUACUUAUAAUAGCAAAGUGGAUCCUAAAAAUGUGGAGAAUUUGCGCUCUUCUACUUUUUGGUUGCAUAAUAUCAACAAAUGCGCGUCAGAGACGAAGCAUAGAUUUGAUAGCCGCCCAUGGUCUGAUAACCCAAGAAAAGUUGCCUUACGAUACGAUGCCUGGAGGAUACCACGUCUUCCUCCAACCAUUCCCAUCUGACGGAUACUUUGAGGGAAAGAUCAAAAUCAACGUUACAGUUCAGCAUAAAACUCACGAAAUAGUCUUACAUGCUCAUCCUGAUCUGAUAUUGCUGCAUUGCAAUAUCACGCAGCUGACGCCGCCAGAUGACGAACUGAGGAAGGAAAACUCAACAGAUGACGGUGAACCAGAUACGACUCCAAAACCUAUCGGUAUAGAAUCUUCUGAAAAAGUAAGAAACAAGCCAUUGUUCAACAUCGUACUACAAACGAACGUGAAGCCAGGGGCACUUUUGGAAAUUUUCAUUCACUUCACCGGAAGGCUCUUCAACGAAACCUCCGAGGGAUUAUUCAGAAGCAGCUAUGUCGAUCCCAUCACCAAAGAAACCAAAUGGUUCGUGUCCACUCACAUGAGGCCGAAUAUGGCAAGAAGCGUUUUCCCGUGCUUCGACGAGCCUGUCUACAAAGUACCCAUAACGGUCUCUAUCGCCAGGCAUCAGAAUAUGACGGCAGUAUCUAACAUGCCUCUGGAAUCGACGAAACCACACGAAGUUAUGGAAGAUUGGGUGUGGGAUACUUUCCAAAAAAGUCCUCCCAUGCCGACAUUUUCGUUCGGACUUGUAGUAUCAGAAUUCAGUUAUCUCAGCUAUAAUGUAACAGAUGAUGAAGAUGUUAGUUUGAGGAUUUGGGCAAGGCCGGAUUACAUUUCGGCAGUGCAAAAUGUUUCUGAGAAGGUCGAAAAAUCCUUGAACGUACUUGAAGAAUUCUGGGGCGUCCCGUACCCUCUCCAGAAGUUGGAUAUAUUUGCUCUGCCGAACUACCAAGCAACGAGACCAGCUGACAGUUGGGGCCUUCUCUUAUUCAAAGAAAGUGAAUUGAGUGGACGUGGGUCUUGGCACUUGACCCACGAGCUGGUGUACCAAUGGUUGGGGGCCCUGGCCAGCCCGUUUUGGUGGAGCGAUGCUCAUAUCAACAACGCCCUUGUCAGAUAUGUUACAGCUUAUGCUACCCAGAAGAUGAACGAAACCGAGCCAUUCAACAAUUGGCCAAUGACAAUGCUGUACUCCAUCUACUAUGAGUUCAGCAAAAGAUAUCCCUACGGAAAAGGCACUGCCAUCAAACAAGAUUCCACCUCUGCUAAAACUGAACUGAUCUUCAGGAUGUUGAACUAUACUCUGGGAGAAAGAACGUUCAUGCACGGAAUGCAAAGGUUUAUGAACGACAGGCAAUACAAGACUUUCUUCGGCGACGAUAUUUGGCUCAGUUUAACGGAACAAGCCAGAUUCGAUGAAAAACUUCCUCAGCCGAUAACUGUAAAUGAAAUAGCAGCCUCCUGGAUAACAAAAGAUAGGUUGCCUGUGGUGACGGUUACGAGAGAUUACGAAAAAAAUAGUGCAAAUUUGAGUCAGAGGGUCUAUUUGAGAGAACGUCCCCACGAUGUACCAGACCAAGAAAAGUUUUUGUGGUGGAUUCCUAUAGUUCUCGUGAGGCAGGAUCACCUCCAAUUCAAAAACACCACUCCGCAAACAUGGAUGAGGCGCGAGAAAGACAUCACCAUCGAAAAUCUGCCAGGAAAAGACAUGUUCAUCAUCGUGAAUCCAGAGGAAAUCGGUCCUUUUCCAGUUAAUUACGACGCCCGAAACUGGAACAUGCUGGCCCACUUUCUGUGUUCCGAAAAUCGCACGAAAAUUCCCGUGGCCACGAGAGCAAAACUACUCCACGACGCAUGGAAUUUGGCGUAUGCCGGCGAUCUCAGUUUCGCCACGGCCCUCAACAUGACUUGGUUCCUCAAAUACGAGAGGGAAUAUUUGGCCUGGGACCCCGUAUUCACUCUGAUCGAUCAUAUAGGGCGCCACAUUGAUAGCUCCUCGGUCCACAAGAAGUUUCAGACGUACGUGAGAACGUUGCUGACUCCUCUGUACGAGGAGUUAGGAAACGAACCUCAAGAAGGUGAGAGCGAAGGCAGGGCACAUCUAAGAAGUUCCUCGAAGAUAUUCCUCUGCCAGGCAGGAUACAAACCCUGCAUCGAAGAAGCUCAGGCGGCCUAUAACAAGUGGAUGGAGUCGUCCGUCCCAGACGAAGGAAACCCGGUUGCAAACCAGUAUAUCUGCCCAGUUUUUAAAUGGGGGACCAUGAAGGAAUGGGAGUUCGGUCUCCAGCGCGUCAUCAACUUCCCUCCGACGCGAAAACCGAGCGAACGCACAUAUCUGCUAAAGACUUUGGCAGGAUGCCCGAACGACAGUAAGAAGAUAGAAAGGUUGCUGGACAUCGCCAUUCUAGAGCAGAACGGAAACUUCACGGAUAAUGAUUGCUAUCUCAUCUUCAGUAUGCUUACGGGGGGUGCUAAUGGUUACACUAGCCUAUUUAAUUUCUUGAGGAAAAACUGGGACACAAUUAAAGUGAGAUUCGAAGAGAAACCUCAUCUCUGGAACACCCUCGUCACUUCUGCUACGACGGUUUUCAAAACUCAGGAGGGUUUGGACAUGGUCUCCGAGUUGUACGUGGAAAGGCAAAGCGAAUUCGGCACGGCAGAUUUCGUCAUCGAAAAGGCGCUGAAAAACAUCAAGGAGGAAACCAAGUGGAGCAACGAAAAUUUACCAGUGAUCGAGAAAUGGCUUGAUCAUAACAUAAAAACGAACGAUGCAGAUCGGACGUGAAUAUUCAUGUAGUCGCGUGAUAUUUAUUAUGUUGUAAAUUAUCCAUUAUUGACUUUAACAUUCUAUUCAUGUAUCCAAUCAAAAAUAAAGUUUUUGUUUUUAUACUA